AUGACAGAACCAGCUCCCUCUUUUAGCAAGAUUAAAACCUUGUAUGACAUGUAUUAUGGUUUUAGACCAAACAAACCAACUUUUCUACCUGAAGAAUAUCCAGAUUUAACUGGUAAGACUGCAAUCGUUACAGGAUGUAACACUGGUAUUGGUUAUUUUGUCAUGAAACUUUUGUAUUCCAAGAAUUGUAAUGUAAUUGCCGUUGUAAGAACUGAAUCUAAAGGUAUCGAAGCUCGUGAAAAAGUUCUUGAAGAAAUCAAGGAAUCUAGUGGUUCUAUAUCAGUAGUAGGUGGUUGUGACUUAUUAGAUAUGACAAGUAUUAAAUCUGCUGCUGAAAAGGUUAAACAAACAUUAGGUGACAAACCCUUGAAUAUUAUUAUUCAUAACGCAGGGUUGAUGUCCAGCUUUAAUGAUGGUGUUUCUAAGCAAGGUAUUGAAGCAAUGUUUUCUACUAAUGUUAUGGGACCUCAGCUGUUGCAACAUUUCUUGGAUCCAUUGUUUUUGAAAAAAGAUUCAGAUUUCAAAAGAAUUGUUUGGGUUAGUUCAGUUGCUCAUUUAGUUGGUUUCCCACAAUACGGUAUAAAUUGGGAAAAUCCUGGUUUUAUUAAUGAACCUCUAGACAAGAGGCCAGCAUAUUGGACAUUAUAUGGUCAAUCGAAAGCUGCAAAUAUUUUGCAGGCUAAGGCUUGGUAUACUAAAAAUCAAAAAAUUGCAGAUGAAAUUGGUUGUGUGUCUGUCUCAUGUUACCCAGGUAAUCUAAAGUCUGAAUUAUCAAGAGACUUUGGUACGAUUUCAAAAUUCGUUAUUAUGUCAGUAUGCUGGGAUGUUAUUUAUGGUGCUUAUUCGGAAUUAUAUGCUGCUCUGUCUCCUGAUUUGACUACCAAAGAUCAAGGUGCCUAUGUUGUACCAUUUGGUGAAGUCCAGGAUCCUAGAAAUGAUCUGAAAGUGGGAUUGACUAAUGGAACUGAUUUAAAGCUUUUCAAUAUGGUAGAAGACAUGAUUAAGGACUAUUUCUAA